AUGCACGUCCAGUCUCGGUUCGCCGACGUCCACGAGCGACUCAGCGAUGUUCUGGACGAACUCAAAAUGCAGGGCAUGACCUACGGCAUCAACUUUUUCAUGGCCUACCGACGCAAUCACGCAACGAUCCAGCGCGUUCUCCGUGUCACCUACAUUCUCUUCAUUCUCCACAACCUCACACGCACCUUGCGCAGCGGCAGCAAGAAGAAGCCUAAAAAGCCCACAGCGACUGCGACAGAAGAUCCUCGGGAGAAGGCCGGCGUCGUCGCAAAGAAGAAUGCCGAGGGGUCCCAGUCUGUAUCCAAGCCAAGCGCACAAUCGGCUGAAGAUUUUGAGGACUCGUCUCGUGGGCGCGGUGGACGUCGCGGCAAGAAGAGCAAGGGUCCCCGAGUCGAAGUGGACGCCGUCUUCUUCGAGCGACUGAAGCGCAUCCUUCGCAUCGUCGUUCCCGGCUGGCGUUCCAAGGAAGCCGGUCUGCUCAUGCUCCACACGCUCUUCCUCGUGCUUCGAACCAUGCUGUCGCUCUACGUCGCCGAUCUCGACGGUCGCAUCGUCUCGGCGCUCGUGCGCUCGCAGACCCGUCAAUUCGUCACUGGCAUCCUCUGGUGGAUGGCCGUCGCCUUGCCCGCUACCUACACCAACUCGAUGAUCGAGUUCCUCCAGUCCAAGCUCGCCCUUUCAUACCGGACUCGACUCACCAAGCGUGUUCACGACGCCUACCUCACCGACAUGACCUUCUACAAGCUCGGCAAUCUCGACGACCGUAUCAAGAACGCCGACCAGCUCAUCACCGUCGACGUGGCCAAGUUCAGCAAGUCGCUCGCCGAGAUCUACAGCAACUUUGCCAAGCCCAUCCUCGACGUCUGUCUCUACAACUACCAGCUCAUGGGUCGUGUCGGUGCGGAAGCGCUGAUCGGCAUCAACAUCCUGGUCUCUGCCUCGGCGACCUUGUUGCGCAAACUCACGCCGCCCUUCGGUCAAUACGCCGCUACGGAGCAGCAGCUCGAGGGAGAGUUCCGCUUCAACCACUCGCGUCUCAUUGAGAACGCCGAGGAGGUCGCGCUAUUCCGUGGUCAGGCUGCGGAGCAGAACGUGAUCGAGCGGGCCUACUUUUCGCUCAUCAAGCACGUCAACCGCGUCUACCGCAUUCGUAUCCUGCACGGCAUGACCGAGGAGGGCAUCAUCAAGUGGACGUGGGGUGCGCUCGGAUUGUGCAUCUGUGCGGUGCCCGUCUUUGUUCGCCUGCCCGGUGGCGGCAAGGGUCUCGACUUUGGCUCUCGCACCGAGUCUUUCGUCACCAACCGUCGUCUGCUGCUCUCUUCGUCGGACGCCUUCGGCCGAGUCAUGUACUCGUACAAGGAGAUCUCAGAGCUGGCGGGUUACACGGCACGAGUGUCGGAGCUGCUCGACACCAUGGACGCCAUCAAGGCGGGCAAGUUCGAGAAGAAGCUCGUGUCCUCUGCGUCGAUCGAGGAGAACGCGCUGGUGCUGCAAGGCCGCGGUACCAUCCAGGAGGAUCCUUCCAGGUCGGCAGGUGUCGAGUUCCGCGACGUCCCCAUCGUCAGUCCCAACGGUGACAUCCUCGUGCCCAAACUUUCCUUCUACGUGCAACCGGGUCAGCAUCUGCUCAUCAUCGGUCCCAACGGGUGUGGUAAGAGUUCGCUCUUCCGCAUCCUUGGCGGUCUGUGGCCUGUCUACGGUGGAACGGUCAAGAAGCCUCCCACGUCGGAAUUCACCUACAUCCCGCAACGCCCGUAUUUGUCGCUGGGCACGCUCAGGGAUCAGAUCAUCUACCCGCACACUGCCCAAGAGAUGCGUGCGCGGGGCAAGACGGACGAGGACCUGCUGGACAUCCUGCGGGUGUUGCAGAUCGAGCACAUUGUGGCGCGCGAGGGCGGCUGGGACGUGCAGCGCGAGUGGCGCGAUGCUCUGUCCGGCGGUGACAAGCAGCGUAUCGCCAUGGCCCGUCUGUUCUACCACAAGCCCAAGUACGCUAUCCUCGACGAGUGCACGUCUGCGGUGACGCUCGAGAUCGAAAAGAUCAUGUACGACCACGCGACCGAGCUGGGCAUCACCAUGCUCACCGUCUCCCACCGCCCUUCGUUGUGGAAGUACCACAGCUACGUGCUGCAGUACGACGGUCAGGGAGGAUACGUGUUUACCGAGCUGGAUGCGGAGAAGCGGCUGGCGUUGCAGGAGGAGAAGCAGGCGCUGGAGCAGAAGUUGCUCCAGGUGCCGAGGUGGCAGGAGAGGUUGGACGCUCUCAAGGAAGCGAGGAGGGAGAGGAGCCAUUCGAGGAACCAUUCGACGGUCGGGUCGCCCGUCCAGGAGCGAGCGAAUCCUGUCGCUGCUGCGUAG